GAAGCGAGCUUCCCAACAUUUGGCCGAUCACCGCGGAGGUUGUCUCCCACUUGCCGAGACGAUAUAUCAAGCGGCCGUUUUGCUUCUGUUGCUAACGGAUUCUUCCUCAGCAAUUUCCAGUUGGCAAUUCUCUCACUCACCAUGUCGUCUACCGCCAUCCCCAAGCGCGUUGCGCUUAAUCGCAACCCUACCACCGACUCUUCGGUUCCCAGUUCUGUCUCUGUUUCCCCGCUAGAGUCACCUCGCCAGUCUCCCUCGUCGACUUCGCUUUCGUCAAUGGCCUCGGACGCCGAGAAGGUGGACAAUGGCAAGAUGCUGGAUACCUAUGGCAAUGAGUUCAAGAUCCCCGAUUACACGAUCAAGGACAUCCGUGAUGCCAUUCCCGCCCACUGCUUCAACCGCUCCGCCGUGACCAGCUUGUACUAUGUUUUCCGGGAUAUCUCUGUCCUUGCCUCCGUCUUCUAUGUCUUCCACAACUAUGUCACUCCCGAGACCGUCCCCUCGUACCCGGCCCGUGUUCUGCUGUGGGGGCUCUAUACCGUCAUCCAGGGACUGUACGGCACCGGUGUCUGGGUUCUGGCCCAUGAGUGCGGUCACCAGGCUUUCUCUCCUUCCAAGACUUUGAACGACACCGUUGGAUGGAUCUGCCACUCUGCUCUUUUGGUGCCCUACUUCUCAUGGAAGAUCUCUCACGGCAAGCACCACAAGGCCACCGGUAACAUCGCCCGUGAUAUGGUUUUCGUUCCCAAGACCCGUGAGGUGUACGCCUCGCGCAUCUCGAAGACCAUCUAUGACCUGAACGAGCUGAUGGAGGAGACCCCCAUUGCCACUGCCACCCACAUUGUUCUGCAGCAACUGUUCGGCUGGCCCAUGUACCUUAUCAGCAACGUUACUGGCCACAACAACCACGAGCGCCAGCCAGAGGGACGCGGCAAGGGCAAGAAGAACGGUUACUUUGGCGGUGUUAACCACUUCAACCCCUCUAGCCCUCUGUACGAGGCCAAGGAUGCUAAGCUCAUCCUUCUGAGUGACCUCGGUCUUGCCAUCACCGGAUCUGUUCUGUACUUGAUCGGCUCCAAGUACGGCUGGAUGAACCUGCUUGUGUGGUACGGUAUUCCCUACCUCUGGGUGAACCACUGGCUGGUUGCCAUCACCUACCUCCAGCACACCGACCCUACUCUCCCUCACUACCAGCCCGAGUCAUGGAACUUUGCUCGUGGCGCUGCUGCCACCAUUGACCGCGAGUUCGGUUUCGUUGGCCGCAACAUCCUCCACGGCAUCAUCGAGACUCACGUCCUUCACCACUAUGUGAGCACCAUUCCCUUCUACCACGCCGACGAGGCCAGCGAGGCCAUCAAGAAGGUCAUGGGUUCCCACUACCGGACGGACGCCCACACCGGCCCUCUUGGUUUCUUCAAGGCCAUGUGGAACAGCGCUCGUGUCUGCCAAUGGGUCGAGCCCUCUGCGGGAACCAAGGGCGAGAACGCCGGCGUCCUCUUCUACCGUAACACCAACGGUGUCGGUGUUCCCCCCGUGAAGCUCCAAAAAUAAAGCGACAAGGUCUGCUCUCUCGCACGUCACGUCGUGUCGGUACAUAGAAUGUGAAUGUGUUCGUCAGGUUUAAUCUUAUGGCCUGAAUGCGAUUUAUAUGGUUGAUUUACCUCUCGUGGUGUAUCUCGCCGGAACGAAAAUGGCCACGGUUAGGUAUGCUCUUGUUGCGUUCAUUCAUAGAGCAAGCUGCAAGUUUCAGUCGGUUGAUUGUUAGGCGUAUAGGGGGAGUCUGAGAAUACUUGACCUUGUUAUUUUGGGAGCUUUCUAGAACGUCUUCUUUUCAUUAUCAGA